GCUCCGGUUUGCUUCUUGAUGGCAUUUACUGCUUCUCUUCAAUCCCCCUAGUGCAUCAGAUUACUUCUUCCCCCAAAAAAGAUUUCACCUUUUUCCCCAAAAAAGGUUAAAGAUUCCAUCUUUUUCAUCUACUGUGUUUUGGAUUACCCGGGUCUAACUCUAACCCGCCCAUGACCCGAUUUCUUGAACCCAUUCAAUCAACUUAACUGCUCAAGCAACUGACCCAACUGCCAAACCGGGAUUCAUGUCCAUUGUAGUAGGGGAACUGGGUUUCUUGUUAAAGAAAUGCUGCAGCUUCAAGCAUAUUCACCAAAUUCAUGGGUUUAUGAUUCUCAGAGGUUUGGAUGGAGAUAAUUUCCUUCUUGGCCGAUUCAUUGAUGCUUGUUUUUCUCUGGGUUUUUCGAAUUAUGGGUAUUCUGUCUUUGAAGGGAGGUCACAAGCUGAUGUUUAUCUUUUCAACACUGUAAUCAAGGGGUUAUCUAAGGAAUCUGCCUCUGAGGCUGUGGUUGUUUAUAACAAAAUUCGAUUGGCUGGAUUGCGACCGGACUGUUACUCCUUCCCGUUUGCGUUGAGGGCGGUUAUGAGAUUGGAGGCGGUUGAAUUGGGUAGACAGAUUCAUUGUCAGAGCUUGUGCAGUGGGUUGGGUUGGAAUAUUCAUGUGGUGACGGCUUUGAUUCAAAUGUACUCCUCUUGUGAAUCUGUUUAUGAUGCUCGGAAGGUAUUUGAUCAAGUUAGCUCCAAAGACGUGGCCUGUUGGAAUGCAAUGGUUGCGGGAUAUGUAAAAAUUGGUCAGGUGGAAAAUGCCCGGUUGUUGUUCGAUCAGAUGCCUGAGAGAAAUGUCAUUUCUUGGACUUCCAUUAUUGGAGGGUUAGCUCAGAUGAACUGCCCUAGUGAGGCCAUAGAUAUGUUUAGGAGAAUGCAGAUGGAGAAUGUGAAUCCUGAUGAGGUCGCAUUGUCUGCUGUACUUUCUGCUUGUGCUCAUCUGGGUGCCCUUGAAUUAGGGGAGUGGAUUCACAACUAUAUUGAUAAGCAUGGAAUGGAUAAAACCAUUCCUCUUAGUAAUGCCCUUAUAGACAUGUAUGCAAAGUCUGGAAAGGUGGAAAAGGCAUUACAAGUAUUUGAGAGUAUGAAACAUAAAAGUGUUAUAACUUGGACUACAAUGAUCUCUGGACUGGCUUUGCAUGGGCUUGGAAGAGAAGCUCUUGAAAUAUUCUUUCGUAUGGAAAGGGCCAAAGUGAAGCCAAAUGAGAUCACUUUCAUUGCCAUCCUUUCCGCUUGUAGCCAUGUCGGGUUGGUCGAAUUGGGUCGAUUUUAUUUCAACAUCAUGGAGUCAACGUAUGGGAUCCAACCCAAGGUUGAGCAGUACGGCUGUAUGAUUGAUUUACUUGGUCGUGCAGGUUACCUCCAAGAAGCACAGGAACUAGUUAGGCAGAUGCCUUUUGAGGCAAAUGCAGCUAUAUGGGGAUCCCUUCUUGCUGCUUCAAAUACUCAUCACGAUUCUGAGCUUGGAGAGAUUGCUUUAAAACAUUUGAUGAAGUUGGAGCCUUGGCAUAGUGGAAACUACUCAAUUUUAUCUAACAUAUAUGCUGCUACCGGUAGGUGGAAGGAAUCUGGAAUGAUAAGAAAGAUGAUGAGGGACAAAGGUGUCAAAAAGAUUUCAGGUUGGAGUUCCAUCGAAUCAAAGAAUGGGAUUCAGGAAUUCAUUGCCGGGGAUAUAUCCCAUCCUCUGUCUGACAGGAUACGUGAAGUUCUAUGCAAGAUGAAUGAGCAGUUGAAAGUUGCUGAAGAAUGUGCUGAGAUUCUUGAGGCUGAUGAGUAGGAUAGAGUUCCGCCACUUAACAUAUCCAUCUAGUUUUAGACCAACUUUGCUGAAGGAAGAUCAACCAUUUUCUAUCAUUUCUUUUGGAAAAUUGGGAGCAUUAGACCAAAUGAGCUCAGCACCAUUAGUAAGCAAAGUAAUAAGGAAAUGGUUAUUGGUUACUAUUCCCUUGUUUCUUUGGAUGCCAACUUUCUAGCUUGUUGGUUUUCCAAGACUCUUUUUAGUACAAUGGAGAUGAAACCACAGAAAGUUCUCACUUGGUCUGCAUAAUGUACAAGCAUUCCAUGUGUAUAACAUUGCUUAGUUGGGAUUAAGGGGAUUAAGCUCAUUGAGGUUAUUUAUCAAUGUCUCCUCUUCACAUCCGUCUCCAUAUCUCUUUUGUUUAAUGACUGCCAUUUUCAUUAGAGAUUAUCAAAUAUGCCUUCUGUUGUCUACCAAAGCCGCUUCAAGGCAUUAAAGUGUAGAAGUUACC